AUGAGGAUGUGUCCAGUUUUUUCUGCUGUUAACGAGAUAACGAUCCCUCCACAGAAAUCAUUCGAAGCUUUCCGCAACAUUCUGUACACAGUUUGCCCGUACAAUUAUAAGGUUCUGUCCUUCAUUAUCAACCAUUUAGCAUCGGUUGCAAAGGAAGAUGAAAAUCUUGUCUUUGUUAGUGGAUGUAAUUCGAUACUCGAUUUCAUCAUGGAAACAAAACGACAGAAUCCCAUCAGCAAAACGGAGCUCGUAUGGUAUACAAAUCGCGAAAAGCAGAUGGUCAAUGACAGAAAAGACUCAACGAUAGAGAACUUUGGUGCAUACUGUAGAUGCUACUUUGAACAAGGAACUCGUCCUGAAUCAGCUAACAAUACUGCUUCGUCAUUUACUGAGGAAAACCAAGAACGAAAUUUGUACGAGCGCGACACACUUGUCAUGGCUAUGCCAGCUGAGGCUGAAAGUCGUUUACCGUUCCAUCCAUUCCUCUAUCUUGCUGCUGCUGAUGUUGAAAAGUUCCUAGUCCCAGUCAUAGAAAAAGAGCUGGAUAUCUACAAUGUUAUUAACUGGCAAGCUGUUUUGCGGACUGUAGCUUGGUUGAGAACAUCGCCAAACUUCUCUCGAUCACAUUUACUUUCGGUUGCUGUAGGAAGAAUCAGCGCGGAAGUAAUUGCGAAGGUGGGUAAUUUUCCUGCAGGGAUUGCUUGAG